CUCUAACCGUCAGCACGGAGGAACGGCUGAGCGUGGAAAUACAAUUUUUGAGUUUUAGAAUCCAUAGUCGGUCGAACUUUUGUUUAUCAAAAACCGCAUUUGAUUUGGCUUAGGGCACUAGAUUAAUUAGCUCAAUAUCGAUCCGGUUUCGGCCCACCUUGAAGUGCAAUUUGUAUGGGAAAUCGAAACCGACACCAAGACAGUCCUUCAGCGACGGCAUCUUUGGCUCGAAUUUAGCUUAGUUUGUGCGCGCAUUCGAAACGAAAUUGUUUAUAUAACUUCUCAGUGUGAGAGUGUGUCUGGUUUAAUGCGGCCAUCACGUGGUUUCUCAACAGACGGAGCACAUGUGCGGGUUACACUUUAAGACUCGUAACAGUCCGUCUCAGAAGACGUCCCUACGUUGGGGCGACUGCUGCCUCACAUAGAACGUGUGUUCUUGUGUGUCCUAAAACGUAUUCCUGGACACGUUUGAUUCCUAUUCCUAUUCCUGUAGACUUUACGCUCUUCCUGUGAUCCUGCAAUUAGACGGACUCCCAAAUCCGCUCGACUCAUUCCUCAGUGCAGGAAAUGUUGCAUAAGUUGAGGCGCAUUUGAUUGGCGCGCGCGCUUCAGGCGAGGAGGCUUCAGAUUCUGGGCGCACAAAGUGGCGUCUGCUUUUGAACUUGGCGUACAUAUUACACAGGCAGCAGCAAAAGCUAAAGGUCGCAUCCAUUUUGUGGUCGGUAAAUUAAUUUACACAAGCAGCGAGCAAACCGACUCGAUUACCAUAUCCAAGCCAAGGACUCAGGUCGAUAUCCAAGGAUGAUUAACGUCGCGGGCUUCGUGAGCAUUGCGCUCUUCUAUGGCCUUAUCCUAGUGGUGGGCAUUUGGGCUGGUCGCAAGAAGCAAUCCGGCAAUGAUUCCGAGGAGGAGGUGAUGCUCGCAGGACGCUCCAUUGGCUUGUUCGUGGGCAUCUUCACCAUGACGGCCACCUGGGUGGGUGGCGGCUAUAUCAAUGGCACCGCGGAGGCCAUCUACACAUCGGGUCUGGUGUGGUGCCAGGCGCCCUUUGGCUAUGCUCUCAGCUUGGUUUUCGGUGGCAUCUUCUUUGCCAAUCCCAUGCGCAAGCAGGGCUACGUCACCAUGCUGGAUCCUCUGCAGGACUCGUUUGGGGAGCGCAUGGGCGGACUGCUCUUUCUGCCCGCUCUCUGCGGUGAGGUCUUCUGGGCAGCUGGCAUUUUGGCUGCUCUGGGCGCCACUCUGUCGGUCAUCAUUGACAUGGAUCAUCGCACUUCGGUCAUUCUGUCCUCCUGCAUUGCCAUUUUCUACACACUCUUCGGUGGAUUGUAUUCCGUUGCCUACACGGAUGUCAUACAGCUCUUCUGCAUCUUCAUUGGCCUGUGGAUGUGCAUUCCCUUUGCCUGGACCAACGAGCAUGUGGGCAGCCUGAGCGACCUGGAGGUGGACUGGAUUGGGCACGUGGAGCCUAAAAAGCAUUGGCUAUACAUAGACUACGGUCUGCUGCUGGUUUUUGGUGGCAUUCCCUGGCAGGUUUACUUCCAGCGUGUGCUCUCCAGCAAGACAGCGGGACGGGCACAGCUGCUGUCCUACGUGGCUGCUGCUGGCUGCAUUCUGAUGGCCAUUCCACCGGUUCUCAUUGGUGCCAUUGCCAAGGCCACACCUUGGAAUGAGACUGAGUACAAGGGUCCCUAUCCCCUGACUGUGGAUGAGACGAGCAUGAUCCUGCCCAUGGUGCUGCAGUAUUUGACGCCUGAUUUUGUCUCCUUCUUUGGCCUGGGCGCCGUCUCUGCCGCUGUCAUGUCCUCUGCGGACUCCUCAGUGCUGUCUGCUGCCUCGAUGUUUGCACGCAACGUUUACAAAUUGAUUUUCCGUCAGAAGGCAUCCGAGAUGGAAAUCAUUUGGGUGAUGCGCGUGGCCAUCAUUGUCGUUGGCAUUCUAGCCACCAUAAUGGCACUCACAAUUCCCUCCAUCUAUGGCUUGUGGUCCAUGUGCUCGGAUCUGGUGUACGUCAUUCUGUUCCCCCAGCUGCUGAUGGUGGUGCACUUUAAGAAGCAUUGCAACACAUACGGCAGCCUGUCCGCCUACAUUGUGGCACUGGUUAUCCGCCUGUCGGGUGGCGAGGCCAUGCUGGGUCUGCCCGCGCUCAUCAAGUAUCCCGGCUACGAUGAGGAGACGCAGGAGCAAAUGUUCCCCUUCCGCACAAUGGCCAUGCUGCUCAGCCUCAUCACACUCAUCUCUGUCUCCUGGUGGACCAAAAUGAUGUUCGAGUCGGGCAAAUUGCCGCCCAGCUACGAUUAUUUCCGUUGUGUGGUCAACAUACCCGAGGAUGUGGUGCGCGUGGGCGAUCCCGCCGAGUCUGGCGAGCAGCUGUCGGUGAUGGCCGGUCCGCUGGCACGUUCUUAUGGUGCGGCCACCAUGGCGGGCAAAGACGAACGCAAUGGACGCAUCAAUCCUGCCCUGGAGUCCGAUGACGAUCUACCCGUGGCAGAGGCGCGCCGCCUCAACCAGCAGACGGCCCAAACGCAAGUCAAGAAGAUGCUGGACACGGCCACAGGCAGCGGCGGCGGACAGUUGAGUCAGUCCGGCAUGGGCAUGGCCAUGCCUACGCCAGAGCAGGACAAUACGGCUUUCUGAGUGCAGUGGGAUUAAGGCAACCAGUGAAUGGGAGGGCCGGGAGCCUGCAAGUAUGCUACACCUUUUCCCCAUUGAGUUUUUCCAUUUUUAGUUGCGCUUGUUAGGGAUCGACAGGAAUUGGCUGGUACAGAAAGUAUUUAAACACACAAGUGCUCAGGGUAUAAAAAGUGCAGAAAGCUGAACGUAAAACUUAAAUAUCAUUUAGCAAAACAUUUAUAAACAUUUAUCUCGUAUAGGUUUCCACAUGCUUAAAGCGUUACCAAAAUAUUUAUUCUAUGAUUUCUGUUGUUGACUUUUAUGUUGCGAGUAGAGAAAGUAUAAUUUUUAUGCGAAAAUCGAUUAACUCAAUACAUAUCAAAUGCAUUUUCCUACAAAGAAAAUUGCAUUCAAAUUUAGGAAAAAACUGCAAGGAGGCAAAAACUAUUUAUCGAUGGAAGAGUGGAGGCAAAACUUAGGCGCCUAGCAAUACGAAAUGGCAUAUAGCAUAUCGGUUCUACAUAAAGUAACUCGUACUAUACAGAUGCAUAUAAUGUAAGUCAUGUGUCCUUCCAGAACGAACAAAACUACAAACGAGAAACCACAAAACAAGUAUAAAUGCAAACGAAACAUAUCAAAAAAGCAAAACCCCAACCAAACCGAAAGGCGGAACUAAUAGACAUAUAUUAUAGCAAAAAAGGAAUACAUAUCAUUGGUGUAACUGUUGUUUUGUAAGCUACAUAUAUGUAUAGGUUAUGUGCAACAAAUAUAGUUGUCUAAGUGAGAAGCAUAUUGAGUUAUAUAGACAAAUGAAUUUUAGCUGCUCUCAAAGAGCAAAACCCAAACACACAAAAACAAGUACUCGUACAGAACAUACUCGUGCAGGAUACAUAUGUAAAAUGUUGCGUCGUAGUACCUAAAUACAUACCAUACAUAUAAAUAUAUACAUACACACAUACCCAUUGAUAUAUAGAAGAACAGGCACUGAAUUUAGAAAGAGAACAAUUCUAGUACACACACGCUGCCUAAAGAACCCCCAAAAACAUGAACCUGAAUCUGAACCUAAAACUAAAUCAUAACCAUAAAUAAACAUAAUGAUAUUUACAUAUAAUCGAGAGAUGUGCGUUGGUUCCUUCUGUUUUUUUGUUUGUCAUUUGUUAAAGUUACCGAAGUCCCCCCGUUGACAGAGCAAGAAGUAAACUAAAAGAAACUCAACUAAAUAUGCAUUAACUAACUUGAUAAAGUGUUAAAUCCCUCGUAUAUAACUAACUCACUUAAGUGUAGUAAAUGUUGACUGCUUUUUUGAUUGAGCCUCCGUAUGUUUGUUGUAUUGGGGUCAAAUGUUUUUAAACCUUUACAUACGCGAGUACUAAGUGGAACUGAGCUGAAGAAAAAGUGUUUGAGGCACACACAUACACAUACAUAUAGUAUAUACGAUAUAUCAUACCGAAAAUCUGUUCGUUGUUAUUGUUAUUAAAUCUAUUACUUCAGAUCUGAGUGUGUACAUUUCGAUAGAGUCCAAAUUUAAAUCCGUUCAAAACUCGUAUAAAGAUUAAACCCUUUAAUUUUCCUUGAAGAGUUCUUUCGUGCAGUUUAAUCCACGUUGUACAUACAUAAUCAAGUUACUUGAAUUGAAUUUGUAAUGUUACUAUCUUACUAUCAACCAAAAACUAAACUAAAACCACCAAACAAAUAAUUUAUGCAUUAAACGAGACGAUCCUGCUGCGAGUUGGCAUCCAAAAUAAACUACAACUAAAAACUAAAAACUAAAACAAACCCGAAUAACGAUACAUUUUGUUGUGCAAUUAGUUGAAAGGAUUUACACGUACGUUACGUUACUAUUACUGUUACUAUACCGGGCUAUCUAACCGAUUUCCCACAUAACUUUUAGUGGCAUUAUGUUAACCAAAGAACGAGUGGUAAGAUGUAGAAACCCUAAACCAAACGGAAUACAUAUCAAUGUUUUAAGCAAAGCAAACGUAAAUAACAAAAAAUCG